AGAAGAAUUCCGUAUGUGGGAACCUUGGAAGGUUACGAUCGUUGCAUGGCGGUACAUUAAUCCAGCGGACCGGAAGUACAUCGAGUCACAUUGAACAUUUUUGACAUGACGAGUUCAUGAUGCUCUGAAGGUGCACCAUCCGUAAGACCAUGUUUCUCUCAAGGGUGGUUUCACAGCUAAACCAGCUUUCCAGGGCAUCUGGUUUGCUGCAGAAGCAAAGCCAGGCGUUAUGCAGUGCUGUACAACACUGUCAUUCUAUCCAAUUCAAAGCUUUUCACUCAACAAACAAACGCCUCACAUCAGCUGCUGACAACAAGUAUCCACCAAAAUUAUUGACACAUCUUGAGCCAGAGUUAGAGGAGGUCCUUGUGCCCCGUAAACUGUCAGUUUCUCCUCUGGAAACCUGGCUUUCCCUGCGCUAUUCUCUCCCCCCUUUCCUGGAGGCUUCACCGCCUCUGGAAGAAGGUGAGAUUAUAAGUGAAUCCAUGAUGCUGCCCCCGUGUGCUGUGCCAGUUCUGGAGGAUGGAGAAAGCUCAACACCGCUACACUGCAAAAACGUGCUGGAGAUCAGACGCAGAAAGAUGAACAGGCACAAAUACAGGAAGCUGCUAAAACGGACCAAGUUCCUGAGGAGAAGGGUAAAGGAUGGACGGAGGAGGAGAAAGCAGGCUGAGUUUGAGAGAGAUCUCAUCCGAAUUGCUAGACGAGCUGGACUGAAGAAAACCCCAGAAGGAUGGACAAUACCCAAAGUCUUUGUCAAACUGAGCCAGUCUAAAAGAGAUUGAAAGGUUUAGGCAAGAUGUAAAUUGUGUAACUUAAAUAUUUGUGACUUUCAUAAUACAUCUCAUGUUCCCUCUACUGUAUUUUGUGCAAAACCGUAAAAUGACAUCCAUGUGUACUUAUUACGGCAAUAAAAAUACUUCCCUUCUAACGUU